AUGUCGGCGGGCUUUGCUGCAAAGAGGCUGGGCAAGGAGCUGCAAAAGAUCAGCACCUCGCUACCACCAGGCAUCGAGCUGGUGACCGCCGAGAAUUUUGAGGAAUGGCUAUUGGACAUUAAAGUCCUGGACAGCAACCCUCUGUACGAGAAUGAGACAUACAGGCUAAAAUUCCGGUUUGGCUCGACAUACCCGAUCGAGCCGCCCGAGGUUGUCUUUAUCCAGCUUCCCGACCGCCCGAUCCCGAUACACCCGCACGUCUAUUCCAACGGCAUCAUCUGCCUCGACCUCCUUGGACAGCAAGGAUGGAGCCCGGUUCAGAAUGUUGAGAGCAUCUGCAUGAGCCUGCAGAGCAUGCUCACCGGGAACUCCAAGAACGAGCGACCGCCCGGGGACGAGGAUUUCGUCCGCGCGAACCGCCAGCGACCGAAGGAUAUUCAGUUCUAUUACCACGACAACGACGUGUGA